CCAUUUCUUCCUCGCUUCUCUGGACCAGUGUGGCCUCAGGAUGUCUCUGGGGACCUCUGGACUGGGACUCGUAAAAUAAAUAAAACUGAACUGAGUUAGAGAAGUAAAAGUGUACAUAAGGUCUUCCUAAUAUUUAAUGGCAUAAAUUCCAGCAUAUUGAAUAAGAUCGGUAAAUUUGCCAGGCACUGUGGGAUAAAACGAGCUGAGAUGAUACAAGAAAAUGAAGCCUGGAUCCUUCCGGAAACUCAUGUUCCACGUGUGGACUAAUCAACUCAGAAGUAUGAAUGCAGGCGGUUCAGACUGGAGAGGAGAUAUCCAACCUUCUUUAAGAACGACAUCCAUGUCGGUUCCACGUCAUGGCAGCGGGAGGAAUACACGAUCAUUCGACAAAACGGGAGGUGAGGAGGGUCAAAGCCAAAGGGAGUCACCCGGAAGCUGUUUGGGACUCAGGAUCUAACAGCUCAGGUCACUCAAGAACGCAUGAAGAAUGACCUCCAGCUUGGAAUGGAAAAAGUGCAGAUCCCGAAAACUAUUUAAUCCCAAACAGUACUGGGCGAGGAGGCAAAUACGCCAAUCCUAACAUGAACAGAACUUGAAUGAAAUCCAUCCAUCUUUCAACUGCAUAUCCAGUACGGGGUCUCAGGGGUGCAUGGGAAACCCGACAAAAAUAACAUUCAUUUUUUAUGUUGAACUUUGUAUACUGUAAAUAUAGUAAUGACCUAUUUUAAAAACAUCGUACAAGCUACUCUUUUUUACAAUCGUUAUUAUUCAAGAACCUCACGUAUAUAUUUCACACUUGCUAAACCAAGCAAGAUCAGUUAUUUUAGCUAUGGAGGCAUUUCAGAUAUUUAUCUCUGCUUGUCAUCAGAAUUACAUCCUUGAUUGCAAGAGUCUAGGUUUUCCAGACGUUAAUUUGUGCCUUGCAUCAGUAGAGUGAUUUGUAAUUAGCUCUGCAGUGUCGAAUGCUCAAUAGGUUGUGUCCAUGCGAUACAAGAGGAAAAAAAAAAAGCAAUUUCCUUUCCGAGAGGUUUACUGAUUGCCCGUGGUGCACGGGCUAGUGUCCUCGGUGUUUUGCCAUGGAACCGUACAAUUAAACCAAGGUCAUGCUGAAGAGGAAUUUUCUGCUGAUUAGCUGGGAUGAGACGAACGUGUCUCGCAGGUCUAGCUAUUGCGCGAUUUACCGCAUCCGGGAAGUGUGGAGCACACCUGCGUUUGAGAUGGGAAUCGAUGGAUCCUAUUGAACUCAUAAGCAAGUCCUUGACAUAUACAGUACGUCCCUGGGCAUUAGGCUAAUGUCACCAAAUCAACGCAAGUGGUUCCUGUAAUACAGACCUAUACAAAAGUAUUCUGCAGACUGAAACAUUAAGAAAAUAAGACCAGACACAAGGACAUGCAUUCAAGCAGAUAUUAAGUCAACAAACAAGAGGUCCUUGGGCUGCUGCAGGAGAACCCUUUGGACACUCUACAGUCUGACACAUACAGCUUUAGUUAACUUCAUAACUUUUGGUUAUGUUGGUUAUGUUAUAAUAUGGGGUUAUAAUAAAACUCACAGACCUUCGAAAGACAAUGAACACUGAACAUAAAUAAGUACAUUUCUUUUAAUGAAUAAAGAAGCAGCAUUAAAUCUUAAUGCUACCACUUUCAAAGUCUACGGAAACCCUGUAAAAUCCACAUUUCAAUCCAGAAUUGCCACCAUAAGUUUCUUUUCACCAGCAUCCAACAUAAAGUAACAAGACGUAAUAUAUAGACGACCAUUGACGGUCAGGGACGGAUUAUGGGUUGUGUGGGCCCCCCCACCACCACCAGCACCACCACAACCACCACAAUUCAAGGGCCCUUGGCAGCCAAACGCCCUCCCUAUAGGGUCUGGGGCCCUUGUAGGCAGUGGAUCAAAGAAUGUAGGCCCUCUAAAAUAGACAAACGAAAAUACACUGUUGAUAAGCGUUGCAAAUUGUUUUCGGCUAGGGGCCCCACGGGCCCCCUGCACCCCAAGGGCCCCUGGGCAGCGGCCCCGCUGGCCCGGUCCAUAAUCCGUCCCUGUUCACGGUAAGGAUAAUACUAAGGACGGCGACGCUUCUGUGUUUUGUGUUAAAUGGCUCUACAUUGCUGAGUUUAAUACAGUAUUUACCAGUAUUUAUACAUAAAAAAUGAACAACUGACGAGAGGUGUAAAGUUCAGGUCCAGAAAGUACAAAUCCAGCCCAAGGUUUUGUUUAAACCAACCAGCUGAGUUCUCUGUGACUGUGACUCCUUAUGCUCAUUUGGUUGGUUGAAACAAAACCCUGGUCUGGACUUGUACUUUCUGGACCUGAACUUUACACCUCCGCAACUGACUAAUGUGCCUUGAUCUAUCGGUCUGCCGUCAAUACAGCGAAUUACUUUAGCUGAAUAUCGCUUCAGUUGGCCUGCGUAUAAUUCCGACCUGGUGCUGCACUGAUUGUUCCAGAAAUUUCAGAAGAAAGAUGCCGUUAUAAAGCACACGGAUUUGGAAAGUUCUGGUCCAGAAAGUUAAAAUCCAGACCAAGAUUUUGUUUCAACCAACCAGCUGAGUAACCUGUGAAUGUGACUUUUUAUGUUCAACUGGUUGGUUAACGCAAAAUCUUACUUUCAACAUCUGAAAGCACAUGCAGUCCAAAGUCUAAUGUUCACUGGAGAAAAGCUAGGAUGGGAUAAAUCGUCCUUCACUCGAUUAUCUGUUGCGACCUGGAGAUUUGCAUUCUGUAUUUAUCUGAAUUUGCCAUUACGGCACCGUGUCCAGAGCGUCAGUGAGCAAACGUUUGUGAUUCAACUAUGCAGAAGAAUAAUGAAGGUAUCUUACGUUCAGAUAUUGACCAUUACAAACAAUCACUGUCUAAGACAAUAAAUUAUUGAGGCAUAGCAGCCUGAACGAUAGAUUCAGUCUGGCGUAUAAAAUUAUGCCUUAUAAUAUGAUUUGGAGUUUGGGCUGCUGAGUUAUUUCAUGCUUCAGUGUAUCAAGGCAGCUACAAAAUCGAAAUGUGAGCUCAUAUAAUUACAGAUUUUGUAAUUUAAAUAUUGAUAGGCCGCAUAACGUGUUUUGGACAGUAAAUAAUAGCAAUUAGAUUCCGUAGACUACUCGAAUGAAACAAUACCGAGACCGGAAAGGUUAUACUGUCGAAAGCAUUGAGUACGAAUGCCCUUAUUUAUUGCGCGGCAUUUUAACACCACAGCGUAACGCGUAUACUUGGAAGAAGGAGAGACUCGACUGCUCGCCUGCUUAAGCAGAGCGUCGAUGAACUCACAUGCAGUUUUCAAAAACAGCCACUAGAGGUCAGUCUACGAUUCUAUGUUAUUGGAGCCUUCGAUUACAUUUUACUAUGAAGUACGUAAUUUACAAACGAAACAUUUAUUUCUGCAAAUAAUAAUAAUAAUAAUAGAUAAUUAUACUGUAACCGCCUAUAACGUCAUUUAAAUAUAAACGACGCGAAAUCCACAAGGAGUUUUUAAAUAGUUACUAACCGGUCACGUAUACUUACCUACAGGCUGCUUUGCCAGGUACAUACAGGGAAAAACAAAACUCGAGCGCAGUGAACUUUGAACCUUGGUGAGUUGUUAUUAAUUUGUCCAUACUGAAUUUCACACUUGGGAUCAAACACAGGUAUCUGUCUGCCCCGGAGCUAUUAAAAUUCUUACUGUCAAUCUCUUUAUCCAAUUGCAGAUACUAUAAUUUUGGAUAUUCGGUACUAGAUAUAAAAGGGCAUAUCUUUGAUUGUCCACAAGGUGGCAGUGUAUGAAAGAAGCUGAAUGCAAGAAAUGAUCAGGAGGGAGAUCGAUAGUGAUACGAACGGGAACGUAAUAUUAUUUCAGUGAUGAAAUGCCUUUACAGUCUCAGCAAUACAGUACCACAACUUUUACGUCAGUAAAUGACUGUUAAUGCUUUUCAUAUCUGGGUAAAUUAUGUUGAUUCUUUCAAAACUGCACAUAUGAAGCACAGAACUAGACCCAUAAAUUUAAAAAAAGGUUGAAGGUUUUUGUUUUCAUCACGUAACUCUUCUAAAAUAUCUAGCCAGUAUUUUCUUAUUUUUUUUAUCUAUUUGUUCAUUCGUUCGUUCGUUCAUUCAUUCAUUUCCAUCCAGUGCACAACUACGGGCAAUUUGGUAACUCCCAUCAGCCUCAGCGUGUUUUAGACUGUGCGGGGACGCUGCACACCGCACACACAUGGAGCCGGGCGGAGACUCGAACCAUGGGCAAAGGGUGUGAGGCACAUUCAUUCACUGAUUGAUUUGACUAUUUAUUUAUUUGUUUGGUCCACACUCUCAGAAAAAAAGGGUAGAAAUUUGUACCUUUGCUGGUCACCCUUGUAAUUGUACCUUUUAAGGUACAGAAAUAGAGGAACAUCCCAACGGUACAAACAGCAUUACUGUCCUAUCAAUGGUACAGAAAUGUUCCUCAGAGUGUGUUUCUACCCCUCAAAAGGCACAAUUACCUACAGCUAAGGGUACAAACCCUUGAGGGUACAGCCCGUGACAAGCAAAGGUACAAAUCCGUACUCUUUUUUCUGAGAGUACAGAGGUGUGAGGCGCAUCAAUUAAUGUAUUGAUUGAUUAAUCAAUUACUUGCUUAAUUAAUUAGAGUAUUUAUUUGUUUAAUUAAUUGAUUGAUUGAUUUGGAUUAAUUAUGUAUAACUGCAUUACAAUUAGGUUAUAGUGUAUGUUCAUUUCAGGCGUCCAAUAUGCGAAAACCAAGUAUUGUUAUAAUUAAUAACUACUAAAACUUCUUGAGGUACGUAUUACUGUAUUAAUUGAUUAAAAGUUACAUUUUUCAUUGUCAGUAUUGAAUAAAUGUCUUAUUAAUAGUUUUUUUUAUCGUAACUUGUAAAUUGCUUGCUCCAUUUUUAAGUUGGUUGCUGUUUUCGUGAUGUUUCCGUCGCUAGGUUCCUUGUGUGUCUUUUUAAAAACUUAUGACAAACGUUAUGCUGGUAUUUGUUUUUAGUUUUUUAUUAUUAAAUUGACAUGUAUUUAAUCGUAUUAAAUACAACUAAACACAACUAAAUAGCAAGUUGUUUAUAUUUUUCCACAGAAAGUAUAAUUCCGAUUAUUUUGUCUUCCACUAAUGCACCUGUUUUACCUUUGUUCGUUUGUGCGAAUGGAACUGCAUAGUCGAUAUUUUAGUAGCGCCCAGUGAAAUUGAUAAUAUCUGCCUUGUGUUUAGGCUAUGCUGCUGAUAAGUAUAUUCAAGAGAGUACCGCUGUGUUGUUUUAAUUUUUCGUUUUUAAAUGAGACUAUCAAUUAAAACAACUUACACUGACCCCACGCCAUGUUUUUAAGUAUUUUUUUUACUAAAUUAAGUAUUAACCGAUUGUAUGAUGCAGUUUAAAUUAUUAAUGUUAAAGAAAACUUUUACAUUGUGACUUGCUUUGACCGACUGUCUUGACAGCAUGAACAACAAGUAUAACUGUACUUUACAUUUGAUAUAUGAAUCCUUACACCUCGUUACAAAAAGUAUUUGAGAGUAAAUAUCACAUGUGGCCAACUGCCAACUGGAACCAUAUUCUCUUGGUUACCACCCGAAUACAGUACUGAAAUGCAGUAUAUACCUUCAAAAAAUAAGAGGGGGGCGCUUUCACGCGCUCGCGGAGGGUAAUCCCCUCUUUUAAACCCUACUUAAGACAAUAGGAAUGAAGCGUGACUUCGGGAAAGGGGUGUUGCCCAAGAGCCCAUUGAGCACAAGGCUCUCUCUCGAUCUUCAGAGUCAUUAGCUACCUUAAAUACUCCCCUCCAAGCCUUCAGACUUCAGUCUUCGGUGAGAAACGGAGAUAGAAAGACCGAGCGCCGCCAGAUGUCGAUAAACCUGCGCUGCUCCCUAUUCGUCAUUGAUCGGAGCGGAUUAUGAACGGAUUUGGACAGCAGCCAUCUAACCCUCAGUCUAGCCCCGUUCAGCAUCACAGCGCGCAGGAGCUCCUGGACAUGGCCGUGUACUGCGAGAACCUCAGCAUGUACCAGCAAAACCUGCAUCAGCACCCCGGCCAGAGGCCGGCCGCGCACCCUCCCGCCUACGGGCUAGGGGAGUACAACUCCCCGAGCAGCAACCCCUACCUGUGGCUCAACAAUCCGGCCAUCAACUCAUCUCCUUAUCUUGCUGGAUCCAACAGCACCUCGUACAUCUCGUCGGGAUACGGGACGAACCAGAGGCAAUUCCUGGCUCCGCACUCGGGAUUCGGGGGGGCUGACCUUGGGUGGCUCUCCCUCUCGAGUCAGCAGGAGCUUUUCAAGAUGGUUAGACCUCCGUACUCGUACUCUGCUCUCAUAGCCAUGGCGAUCCAAAACGCGCAGGAUAAGAAGCUGACACUCAGUCAGAUCUACCAGUACGUGGCCGAGAACUUCCCCUUUUACAAGAAGAGCAAAGCCGGCUGGCAGAACUCCAUUCGCCACAAUCUGUCUUUGAAUGACUGCUUCAAGAAAGUCGCAAGAGACGAGGAUGACCCUGGGAAAGGAAACUACUGGACUCUGGACCCAAACUGCGAAAAGAUGUUCGAUAACGGUAACUUCAGAAGGAAAAGGAAAAGGAGGGCGGAUGCUAGUCAAGGCAACGUUUUGUCGGCCAAGUCUGAAGAGGACAGCGGCGGGGUAAAGCUCUCCGACACCGGCAGCAUGCUGAGCUCGCCUCCGCAGAGUCUGCAGGGCUCCCCGGGGGGCGGCGACACCAAGCCCUCGCCGUCCCCCUCGCUGGAGCACAAUCCCUGCUUCACCAGCUUCAUCUCCAACAUGAACUCUGUGCUGGCCGGGCACCACAACGGCGUCGGCGGUGGCAGGCAGUACGGAUCCGGACUUUUGGCGGAUUUGACGCAGAACAGGGAGAACUUGCCCGGACUUGGCUCGUACUCGCCCACGAACGGUGCGCUUGUGAACUCCGACGCCGGCCACCCGCCCAGCCGCCUCGGCUACUAUUCCGCCAGCCACAGCACCAGUUCUCUCACAAACCAUUUCAGUGUAAACAAUUUAAUAUAUAAUCGCGAAGGAACCGAGGUUUGAAAAUGAAUUAAAACACGACCAACAAGGAACUACACACAACCAUAUGUCAUUAUACCACCUAAGUGCCCUAAUAGAUUGGUAUCAAAUAAGAUCCUUCCUUAUAAACAUUUUUAUUCUGGCUUAAUUGACUUGGUCUAUUCAAUUACAUCAUUUGAACUAUUUGUUCAAACUUUGCAUAACUUUGUACGCAUAAGGUGUUUAAAUCUCACAUCUCUAUAGUUCAGCUGUAGCCCUGUCAUACUGUAGGCGAACCUGCGAGCUGACGGCGCCUGGAAUUUGGUGAUAUUUGAAAAACUAUAUCUGUGCCUUAACAUGUCUGCUUAUAAACAUGUUUUUUUUUUAUUUAAAGUGCACUCCAUUUUUUUUAGAAUGUUUUAAAUAAAUUGCCUUAUUUGAAAUCAAACAA